GUUUUCAGUCGUGCUUCCACCACGCUUAUCAACUUGUUAACACUAAAAACUAUUUAAGUUAAAAACUUUAAUCAAAACUAUAUAUAUAAUAUAAAAAUAAACACCCACUAGUAUCGAAGUUUUAAACAAUAAACAAUUAUAAAGAAAAAUGUCUCUGUCGCAUGCAAAACUGUCAAAAUCAAAUCAUGAUAUAACACACACGAAAUUAUUAAACGAUUCACAAAGUAGUUCCCAAGAAAGUAUUUCUCCAAGAAGUAUAUUUGCACAAUGUUUAGUAACAAUGGCUGUCAUGUUGAGUUCGGCAAGUUGCGGAAUGCCAAUCGGAUAUUCCGCCAUCUUGCUUCCGCAACUCAAGAACUCAAACGACACUUUGCUAAUUGACGACGAGAUUGGUUCUUGGAUUGCUAGUGUACAUUCGGCUGCAACUCCCUUAGGUGCACUUCUGAGCGGUGUGUUGAUGGAGAGAUGCGGGCGCAAGUCGGCACUGCAGAUUUCUGCAUUACCUUUGGUCAUCGGCUGGCUUUUGAUUGGUUUCGCUCAUAAUCACGCUCUGAUUCUCAUCGGCAGAUUAAUUGCUGGAAUGUCUGCGGGUUUGUGUGCUGCUCCAGGUCAAGUACUGAUUGGUGAAACAUCUGAACCUCAUGUACGUGGAAUCUUCAGUAGUAUUCCAUUUGCAAGUUAUUCUUUUGGAAUACUUUUAGUGUACGCCAUGGGGACUUUUCUGGAUUGGAGAACUGUUGCAGGUUUGAGCACAUUACUGCCACUAUUUGCCGCAACAGUUUUCUUCUUUCUACCUGAGAGUCCAGUCUGGCUAGUAAAACAACAACGUGAUCAAGACGCAAAAGAAGCAUUGAUUUGGCUGAGAGGAGGAGAUGUAAUCCAAGCUAAACAAGAACUACAAGAGUUGGUAUCUCGCGUUGAAUCUACCGAUUCUUCAGAUUCUUCAACAUGUUCCACAUGGAAACUGCUCUUGCAACCUUCGGCACUCAAACCUUUUAUAAUCAUCAACGUCUUCAACGUGAUGCAGGUCCUUUCUGGCACUUAUCUGAUUGUUUUCUAUGCGGUGGAUAUCUUGUCAAGUUUAGGUCAAUCAAGUGAACCUACUAUUGCUAGUGUUAAUUUAACCGCAAACAUAACCUCAAAUUUACCACAAAAUCAUAUUGAUAGUUUUCUAGCAGCUGUGCUGACGGCAGGUGUACGAUUUACAUUUACUAUCGUAGGUACUAUUUUCUUAGGAUUGAUGGGUAGACGUACCCUAGCGCUUACUUCCGGUAUAGGAACUGGAAUAUCUGCUAUUGCAAUCGCAGUGUUUUUAAAUCAAAACUUAACCUCAAUAUUAUCAUCAUAUGCGGUUUCCGUUGGAGUAUUAAUUUACGUUGCUCUGAAUACAGUAGGUUUCAUGAUUCUUCCGGGAGUAAUGAUUGGGGAACUCUACCCGCUUAGAGUUAGAGGUUUUGCAGGUGGUUUGACGUUUACGUUCUUUAAUUUUUUCUUGUUUGGAGUUGCUAAGUGUUUUCCAUUUGUAAGGAAAUUUAUUGGGAUGCAAGGAGUUUUUUGGGUUUUUGGGACUUCCUCAAUGGUAGCAAGUGUUUUUCUUUAUCUUAUGUUACCGGAAACUAAAGGAAAGACUUUAGCACAGAUCGAGGAUUAUUUUAGCGGUGAUAAUUUAUUGUGGGUCAAUAAAGCACAACAAAAAAAUCGAAGAAGUAGAAGUUCUAGUGAGAAUGCUUAAAUAUAUUGAAAAAGUAUUUAAUUUAAGUAAACUAAGAAUUAUUGUGAUUUAAUAAGAUAGGAAUAUUUAUUAAGAGUAUUAAAAACAUUUUUUAAGUUAA